GUGAGGCCCAAAUCUGGCAAAAGACUCGUAUCUCACCGGUGUCAUAGAGGCAGAGACGUCUUUCUUUCUCUUUUUUUUUAGCAAAGAGGCAGAGACGACUUUGAUUAUAGCACGAUUGUUCACUGUCCUUCUGCUUUAUGGCUCUGGACAUUUGACCCGCCGCAGUUGGUCCGUCACGGUGAGGAAAAAAGAGAAUGGCUUCCUGCUCUCUCUUGUCUGCAGAUUCAGCUGCAGCCAUCUUCUGUUCAAGAACCCAAAGUAAUGGAGAGAAGACAGGGCAAGGGAGUUUCGUGCUGAGGACGAAAUUAAACCAUCAAAGGGCAUAUGGCUCUCGUGCUAGCGUGCGGGCAUCGCUGAGCGCUAGCUUGAAGCCAACUGAAAUUCCUCGUCAAUGGUACAAUUUAGUCGCUGAUCUACCCGUUAAACCUCCUCCGCCCUUGAAUCCCAGGACAUUUCAGCCGGUUAAACCCGAAGAUUUGUCCCCUCUUCUCCCUGAUGAGUUGAUCAAGCAGGAAGCUAGUCUCGACAGAUUUAUCGAUAUUCCUGACGAAGUUCGUGACAUUUACCAGCUUUGGCGCCCGACGCCUUUAAUAAGAGCGAAGAGAUUGGAGAAGCUUCUCGACACUCCUGCCAGGAUCUACUACAAGUAUGAAGGUGGUAGCCCUGCUGGGUCACACAAACCAAACACAUCUGUGCCUCAAGUCUGGUAUAAUGCACAGGAAGGCGUCAAGAAGGUCGUAACUGAAACCGGUGCUGGCCAGUGGGGGAGUGCCUUGGCCUUCUCAUGCAGCUUAUUCGGCCUCGACUGUGAGGUAUGGCAAGUGCGUGCUUCAUAUGACCAAAAACCAUAUCGUAGAUUGAUGAUGCAGACUUGGGGCGCAAAAGUACACCCAUCUCCCUCAGAAAUUACUGAGGCCGGUCGCAAAAUCCUGCAAGAAGAUCCAUCAAGCCCGGGGAGUUUAGGCAUAGCUAUUUCAGAAGCUGUAGAAGUGGCAGCUAAUAAUGCAGACACCAAGUACUGCCUCGGAAGUGUCCUCAACCAUGUUCUGCUACACCAGACGGUCAUCGGCGAGGAGUGCAUAAAACAAAUGGAGGCAAUAGGCGAAACCCCAGAUAUCAUUGUAGGGUGUACUGGGGGUGGGUCCAAUUUUGCAGGACUCAGUUUCCCAUUCAUUAGAGAGAAGCUCAAGGGAAAUAUCAAACCCAUCAUAAGAGCCGUCGAACCAACAGCAUGUCCUUCACUAACAAAAGGCGUGUAUGCAUAUGAUUAUGGUGAUACAGCGGGGAUGACCCCAUUGAUGAAGAUGCAUACUCUGGGGCACGACUUCAUUCCCGAUCCUAUCCAUGCUGGAGGGUUGCGUUACCACGGUAUGGCACCACUGAUAUCUCAUGUCUAUGAGUUGGGUCUCAUGGAAGCAAUUGCCAUUCCCCAAAUUGAAUGCUUUCAAGGUGCCAUACAAUUUGCCAGGUCUGAAGGGAUAAUACCAGCACCAGAACCGACUCAUGCCAUUGCCGCAACAAUAAGGGAAGCCCUCUUGUGCAGGGAGUCUGGAGAAUCCAAGGUUAUACUCACGGCAAUGUGCGGGCACGGCCACUUCGACCUGGCAGCUUACGAGAAGUAUCUGCAGGGAGAUAUGGUUGACUUGUCAUUUUCGGAAGAGAAAAUACAUGCAUCCUUAGCUAAAGUCCCUCGAGUGAUUAGAGACUAGGGAGGACAUUAGUUGGUAGUAUUAUACUGAUUCUCAAGUAGCUGUAGUUUCUCAUGAGAGUCGCAGAGUGAUGGUUCAGUUGCUCAAAUGGUCAGUGCAAUAAUCUUUUGGCAUCUGACUACUUGACGUCAAUUCGAGAUUGUAUCGGUCCCCCUUUGCAAACUUACGACAAGCAUAUCGCAUGUUUUUUUGGCUACUGUAAUAGAAUUUUAUGGAUAUUACCUUCACAACAAUGAAAUUCCAUUUUCACCGGGAA